UUCAUUCAAAAGAACUCAAACCCGUUUCACUUUUGUCUUUACCCUCCCUCCCUAUUUCUCUUUCCCAAAACUCUUUUUUCCUUUCUGCAAUUUCAAAUCUAGGGUUUUUAAUUUCACUUGCACAAACUCCUUAAUUUCACCCCCUUUUCACCCUCCGUACACAGGUUGGAAUUUGUGAAAAGUUGCAGCAUUUACAGGUGUAUGUGGUUAAUUUGUUGUUAACUUUUGUGGGUGUUGCUCAAUUGUGCUUUUUUUUAGGUUGGGAUUUGUUAGUGGUUAAUCUUUUGAUAUCUUUUGUGGGUGGGUGUGAGAUUAGUUAGUAAAUGCAUGGAUGGAAGGGAAGGAAUUCCAUCGUUUUAUCUCAAUAGAGGGUUUCGCGGAUCGGGUUCGAAUGUCGGGCCGGGUUCGAAUGGCGGGUCGGGUAAUCAAGGUGGAGGGUUUCAAGUCCCACCCGGUUUCAAGACUCAAGCAAACCCUAAUUUAUCCCCCCAUGGCCAUAGCAACAUGAGGCUAGCACCGUCAAUGGGCUCUUCGUUCCAUUUGGAACACAACCCGCCACCACAACCACCGUCUGGUUUCCCUCAUGGGUUUAACUUGGACGGUGGCGGUAGUGGUGGUGGUGGUGGUGGUAGUGGCAGUGGUGGUGUGAGUGAGGAUGGUGGUGGUGCAGCCUCUAUUCCCGCCAUUCCCGACCCUAGAAGUGGAAAUGAGUCUAUUGUAAAGAAAAAAAGAGGGAGGCCUAGAAAGUAUGCACCUGAUGCGUCUCACAUGGCUUUGGCGUUAACACCUGCACCCGCGGUUGCAACACCUGAUCCAACCACACCGACACCGCAAAAGAAAAGGGGACGUCCUCGUGGUAGCGGAAGGAAGCAACAGCUUGCGAAUGUUGGCGAAUGGAUGCAUAACUCAGCAGGGUCUGCCUUCACACCUCAUAUAAUCCAUGUAGCAGUUGGAGAGGAUGUUGCAGAAAAGAUAUUAUCUUUUGCACAGCAAAGGCAAAGGGCACUCUGCAUCUUGUCAGGCAACGGUUCUGUUUCCACCUUGACGUUACGCCAAUUUACAUCCUCUGGUGGGACCGUGACUUAUGAGGGCCGUUUUGAGAUACUAUGCUUAUCGGGUUGUUAUCUGCUUGCUGAAACCGGUAGCCCCCGCAACCGGACCGGCGGUCUUAGCAUCUCCGUUUGCAACUCUGACGGUCAAGUGCUUGGCGGUGCGAUCGGCGGUAAACUCAUCGCCUCCACCCUAGUACAGGUGGUGGUUAGUAGCUUCUUACACGGUGGUGGUGGUGGUGGUGGAGAUAUUCCUAAAGCAAAAACCGCAAUCGAGCCACCCUCAGGAGACGAGAAGAGUCCCGGAGUUCAGCUUAACUAGAGGUUAUCUUUGUAGAUUAAUGGUGGGCUAUGUGUCGAUGUAUUUGUUACCGAACCGAAAACAAGAAAGCUUGACAUCUUUAUGUUUGCUUAGCUGUAGAACUUGUCUUUUUUUAAUUUGUUCAGUAGAUGUUGAAAUGCACAAUUGUUAUCUGUAGCUAGUAGUAUCAUUUCAUGGACUGGGAUGUAAAAUUAUCUUUCUUUGAGGCUGGAUUAAUGUUCAUUUCUAGGGUUUGUUCAUGCAA